CACACCGCCGUCCCUGUCCAAAGUCAAUCAAUAGAUUGACCGCGUGACGACAGCCAUGGCACUGCUGGCCGCUGCGCAUCGCCUUCCUCUGUAAGCCGUUCAAUCCCUCUUCUUCUUCUCACGGGCGCUCGCAGUUUGCAUUACACGCCAAACAACUCCAUCUCGCUCUCUCGUACCGUCUUCAAAAUCUCACCUUUCUCGACAACCAUGGAGAUGGAGCCAGCCAUCGCCCCUUCUCUCAGCCAAUUGAAAGAUCUCCCAAUCUGAAUCAUACCUCUCUUCCAGGCCAUGAUUUGCCUCGCCGCUCCCGUCCCCGGUACCCAUGCUGCUUCCUUCAGUUUCCCCUCCCGUAGGGGUGGGAAACCCCUCCGCCAUCUCCCUCCUCUCAUCUGCAGCGUCAAUCGAGGGGCAGAGACCGCUAAAAUCGUGCACCACGGCGGGAGUUGGAGGCGCCACGGUGUUUGGGAGAUCUCCCCGAGUCGCACCUGGAGGAGCGACCGCCGUGAGGAGGAGCAGCAGCAGGUGUGGGCUUUGUGCGGGUUCGGGUACUGGGUGCAGGGCUUCAGGUGCUUCCCGUGGCUGGCCCUCAAUUUCCACCUGGUCCAUGCCCUCCACCUGAGCCCGUCAACGCUGCAACUGGUGCAGCACACUGGGUGCCUCCCCAUGGUGGCAAAGCCCCUCUUUGGGGUCAUCUCCGAUUCUGUUUAUAUCGGGGGUGCUCGUAGGCUGCCCUACAUCGCCAUUGGUGCAUUUUUACAGCUUAUGUCUUGGGGGACACUGGCAUUUUUUGCUACAAACAGAAAAAUAUUUUCCUUGCAAAUGGCUUGCAUUUUAUUGGGAAAUCUCGGAGCAUCAAUUACAGAAGUUGUCAGUGAUGCACUUGUCGCUGAGCUCGGUAGAACACGAAGAGAAGGCGAGCUCCAGUCUCAUGCGUUCAUUGCUCUAGCAGCAGGAGCACUCUUGGGGAACUUAUCUGGUGGAUUUAUCAUGCUAAAAAUACAAGAACCGAAUAUGAUGUUUUUCACUUUCUGUUUCCUACUUGCAUUGCAACUGGCCCUCUCCUUGACAACAAGAGAGACGUCGCUUGAUUCACGGUCAAGCUCAAAGUACCGAAUUGUUCGCAGUUCAAUUUCAGAGAACCUUAGCAGCAAGGUCUCUAAUCUCAUAGCGGCAAUCAAUGAAGAGAGGAUCUUUUACCCCCUUUCAUGGGCUGUAGCUUCUGUUGCCAUUGUUCCCAUUCUUUCAGGAUCGAUGUUUUGUUUUCAAACGCAGUUUCUGAAGCUCGAUCCUUCGGUAAUCGGAUUAUCCAAAGUGAUCGGCCAGAUGAUGGUGCUGUGUGCAACUCUCUUCUACGAUAGAUGCUUGAAGAGAAUCCCGAUGAGGAAGCUUAUGUUUGGCAUGCAGAUCCUCUAUGCCUUCUCCCUCCUUACAGACUUCUUCUUGGUGAAACAAAUCAACACCAAGCUGAGCAUACCUAAUGAAAUUUACGUGCUCUGUUUUUCUUCACUGGCCGAAGCUUGUGCACAGUUCAAGAUCCUGCCCUUUUCUGUUCUGUUCUCACAGCAAUGCCCCUCUGGAUGCGAGGCCUCGCUCUUUGCAUUCUUCGCUUCAGCAAUGUGCCUGUCCUCAAUAUUAAGCGGCGUUCUCGGUGUCGGACUAGCCUCCUUGAUCGGAGUGUCGUCGGGCGAUUACUCGCGCUUGCAUUUGGGAAUUCUCUUCCAGUUUAUAUCUGCAUUUAUUCCUUUGGCCUGGAUAUCUUGCCUACCAGCAAUGGAGAACUUGGAUGAGAUGCAACUAGCUACACGGUGAGGAAUUCUACAAAAUGAUGGCUUAUCAUGCUACAAGAGAUGCAUAAAAGUGAGAUCGAGAUCCACAUUUUUGUUCAUUGUAAAAUGCUGAACGAUAUCUACUAGAUUUCGUUAAACUGAUGCUUUAGGAACACGAAUCUACAGUUUUGAAGCAAUCCGGCACUUGUGUUUUAAUUAUGCAUUAUGUAAAUGGAUGUACAGUUUUGGCUGGAAAGAAUUCCAGUUGUUGAUCA